UCCCUCCCGCCCUCCUUCCUCCCCUUCCAGCCCUGCCAUGUCGGUGCCGGGAGGAGCCGGCGGCGAGUUCGGCAACCCGCUGCGCAAGUUCAAGUUGGUCUUCCUCGGGGAGCAAAGCGUUGGAAAGACCUCCCUGAUCACCAGGUUUAUGUACGACAGUUUUGACAACACUUACCAGGCCACUAUUGGAAUUGAUUUUCUCUCAAAGACGAUGUAUCUAGAAGACCGCACGAUCAGGCUGCAGCUGUGGGAUACAGCCGGCCAGGAGAGAUUCCGCAGCCUCAUUCCCAGCUACAUCCGGGACUCUGCUGCGGCUGUCAUUGUCUUUGAUGUUACAAAUCUGAAUUCCUUCCAGCAAACCUCCAAAUGGAUUGAUGAUGUGCGAACAGAGAGAGGGAGUGAUGUCAUAAUCAUGCUGGUGGGAAACAAGACUGACCUUGCAGACAAAAGGCAAAUUACUACAGAAGAAGGUGAACAAAGAGCCAAAGAACUGAGUGUGAUGUUCAUCGAGACUAGUGCAAAGACUGGAUACAAUGUGAAACAGCUUUUCCGCCGUGUGGCAGCUGCCCUACCAGGGAUGGACAACACUCCCGAGAAAAGCAAAGACGACAUGAUCGACAUCAAACUAGAGAAGCCUCCCGAGCAGCCCGUAACAGAGAGCGGGUGCUCCUGCUAAAGGACCCGCAGCC